GUUGAGGUGUGGGAGUUUCCUGACACAAAUACCAAUUAUUUGAACUGCAAAAUAAUGUUGGUGUAGGAGUUGGUGUCCAGUCUUAAGUGAUUGUUAUACUUUCUAGUGCCGGAUUUUACUGCAAGAUUAUGGAUAUUCACAGUUUUCUGGAGGCCGAAAUUGGCCGUAUGCAACCCCCCAACAUGGCCCAUCUUCCCCCAAUGCCUGAACUCAAGCGAAUUCGGCGUCCUUUGGUCAAGAGGUCGUCUAAGGUCAAGAGAGAGGCCACACAGCCCGUCCAGUCAGCGCGCCCCACAGUAGAACCGGCUUUCGUUGGAGCCGUGUCAGCAGCGUCGAGGGAGGUUCCAGAUGUCCCACUGCUGCCGGUCCUCAAAGAUCAGCCGGUGUCCAGCGGUUCAAGUCCUGAAGUGCCAGCGGUGCGGAGGAUUUCAGAUUCCCAAGCUCCAUCGCCCCAGGGGAGGUUUCUUCAGCCAGCGUCACGCCACGAGAGAUUGCAGCAAUCAGCAGCGCCCACCCAGGUUUCGCAUUACCCAGCUCCUUCAAGCCAGAAGGGAUUUCAUCAGCCACCAGUACCGCCGAAGGGUUCAGAUUACCUCUAUGAGGGACUGGGAUCAAGGAUGUCAGAUUAUCCAGCUAUGUUGCGACUACAACACAUGUCAAUGAUGUCGAUGACUUCAAAUAUUCAAGCACCAACGCCCUGUAAAAAAUCAACACAGCCACCAAUGCCUCGGAGGGUGUCAGACUGGUCUCAACAACCAUUCGAACAGCAGAGGGUUUCAAGGCCUCAAGCACCAGUGCCGCCAAUGGUUCCAAAACCCAAAUCACCAGUGUUGCCAGUGGCUCCAAAUUUUCAAGCACCACCCUUCUGUGAGAAAUAUCAACAACUGCCAGGGCUACCAAGAGUUCCGGAUCCCUUUGUGCCCAGUGAGUUUUCUCAGUGUCCGAGGAAGGUUUCAGAUCAAACUCAGUCCUCCCAUGUGUGGUCUCAUCAACCACGAGAUUCAAAUCUUCAGAUUCCUGUGUCCUCCAAAAUUUCAAGUCCUCAAGAACCAUUCCCCAGCACGAUGUCUCAACAAGUGUCAGCGGCGUGGGUUUCAAAUCCUCAUGCACCAUCCCCGUGGAAGAAGCUUCACCACCCAUCAGUGUCGAGUGAAUGUUCUCAACUGUCACAAGUGUUUACGAAGGUUUCAGGACCCCAAGUGCCAGUGUUGCCAAGGGUUACACAUCCUCAAGUACCAGUUUUUUCAAGUGUUUCAAAUCCUCAAGAGUUAUCCCCAUGUGAGGGAUUUCGACAACCACCAGUGUUGUCGAGUGAGUGGUCUCAACAGUUGUCAACAGGGCAUCAACAUCCUCCAAUUCAAUGUGUAGCAGAAGCAUUGCAGAAGCUUCCAGAUGUCCCGGUGCCGUCCUCCCAUGGCAGCUCACAAUAUACACAUAUGAUGCCCAAAAUACCAUUAGAAUCGAAAGCUCCCAUUGCGUAUGAUAAGUCAAGAAAACCAAAUUUUACAUCACAGUCGAGAGCUCCUGAAUUUGAGAAUGCUAGCAAACAAAAGCAACCAAAUAUGCAGCAUGCCUUAAUGCAAAACACAUUCUCAAAACAAUACAUUCAGUCACAUGCAAUGCCACAAGCAUAUCAACAAUAUCAGCAAAGUAAUCAUUCAGUAGAACAAGCUCAUCAGAAAUUAAACUAUCAAUCCCCAAAGCAACCAAUGUUAAACAAUAUAUAUGGUUAUAGACAACAAGAUUCCAAUUUACAGUCAUUUCCUCAACUUCCCUCGGGUUAUCAAAGAAAUGGCACAGUACCUUGUUCAGUGCCUCAGUGCAGAACAUAUCAGGAACAAAUUCAAAUGACACAGCAGUAUAGACAGAGGAAACACACUCCAACAGAGGUUCAACCAUUUUUGCAACAGUGCCAAAGUUCUCAUUGUCAGCCAUGGCCCAGCCAAUAUAACCAUUACCAGCAGAAUCUGAAUAUGCAUAACUAUCAACAGCAAAUUCAGCACAAAAUGCAAAACAAACAACAUACUCCACCUGGCAAAAUUGAAUGCAUUCAACAAGAGCGUCAAAAUGUAAACCUAACGAAGCUUAACUAUGAUCACAGAAUGAAUGAAAGGACACAACCCUUCUUGGAAAAGCCUGUACAUUAUAUGAGAAAUCCUGCGGAGCAAAUCCAAUAUCCAGCAUUGCAGAAGAAUCCUACAAGAGAACAGCAUGAAAACAGUAAGCCUCUAAUGCAGGCUGAUCCUAAAACGCACCAGCAGUUAUGUGACCAAAAACUGCUUUAUUCAGGAUGGCAGAUGAAUCCCAUUUUCCAGCAGAGGGAAGAUGCUCAACAAAAUACAAAAGCUGUUAAAGAGGCUAAUGCAAUGUUGACAUUCCAAACAAAAUAUGGGCAAAAACCUGACCACUGCACAGAUAAUUCUAAAAAUCUGGUUUACCAUGCAAGCCAUGAAAGCGUUGAAAUCUAUUCUCAAGUUUCCAAAAUUGAGGUUGCAAAGUACUCUAUGUCCAAAGCUGAAACAAAGGAACAGAUUUCGGGCCAAAUUACAAACUCGCCAGCAUUUGCUCAAACAGCCGCCAUGAAUGUUGCAUGCCAACUAUCCCCACCCGCAACACCUAUAGAUUUGCGGAAAGUCAAGGAAUAUAAAACGGUAGAGUGCCCUUGUCCUCUGUCAUCAAUCAAGGCUGAUCCUGAUAAGGUAGAUAAGAGCUUUUGUAAAAUGUCACAUGAACUUAUUCAGAAAGACUCGCCACAAGAAGCCAAGCCUGACAGUAGGUCUCCUAUAUCUAGUAGUGAGACUUGUAAUGAAUAUAGAAGUUCUACCCAAAACAAUACGGGCCUCGUUGAUCAGGCAGUCAAAGAAUAUAACUUGGCACUUGAACAUCAAAGUGCAAUUCUUUCCCCCAAGGGUUUCUCAGUACCUUUACAGCCUUCCAGAAACCCAACAAUAUUCUCUCCAACUCCUCCGCCGACGCCUCCUGAUGAACGGUUUCCAGAAUGGAACAAAACGGCUACUGAUAAUCAGAGAAAGAGAGCAGGGAACGAUGUUCAAGAAUCAACAAUUUCUAGUACACCAUCUGCAGAGGAUGUAGCCGAGAAACAUAGUAUAGAAAAUUCAACCUUACCAGAAACAGAAAUAUCCCAUCAAAGUGUAAAGUGCCCUCCAACUGACAACAGCCAACCUAUAUAUGUAGCCACACAACAGGUCAACAGAGAGCAAGCAAAAAUUUCAGAAAUACGUAUAGAAAGUUCAACCUUGCCUGAAACAGAAAUAUCUCAUCAAAGUGUAGAGUGUCCUCCAAGUGACAACAGUCAACCUAUACAUCUAGCCUCACAAGAGGUAAACAGAGAGCAAGUAAAAAUUCCAAAAAUGCGUAUAAGUCUGAAUCCUUCUGGUACACACUUCAUUUCCGAUGAACCAUCACCUUUGGAGGAUGCCACUCAAUCUGCUUUAAUGUCAAGUGAAGAGCACUUUGCAGACAGCUCCUGUUCUUCCGUGCAGCCAAAAGAGAUUGUGAGAACUGAGAGAGAACAAAGGAAAAACAAAAAAGUAGGCAGAAAGUCUAAAUUGCAGAUAAACAUACCUCUCCCUGAAAAACAACUUAUGUCAAACCAACAAGAAUCACCCUUACCCGAAGAACCUUCAACAUCAGUUACAGAAACUUCAACUGGAGACUGUGGCAUCCAGAGCUUAUCUUCAACACAAAAUGAAUCGUCUCGUUAUGUCACUGAACCAUCUUGCAUUAUAGACAACUCCUGUUCUUCCAUGCAGCCUAAAGAUAUUGUGGGAACUGAGAGAGAAAAGAAAAACAAGAAAGGCAGAAAGUUUAAACCACAGAUAAACAUGCAUCCUGAAAAACAACUAAUAAACCAACAAGAAUCACCUUCACCCCAAGAACCUUCAACAUCGGUUACAGAAAAUUUAACUGUAGUCUGUGGCAUCCAGAGCUUAUCUUCAACACAAAAUGAAACGUCCCAUUAUGCCACUACACCAUCUUGCAUUAUAAACGAUUCUAUGGAUUCUCAGAAACUAUCCAGUGAUAACAGAACCACCCAGCAGCUUAUGAGUGAAGAAGAGAAUGUGACAGAUAAUAAAAUGUCGAUAGAUGAGAAUAAUCAAACACAGGAUAUAGCAACCCCUCCCAUAGAAAACUCUCAUGGAUUUGCUAAACAAGAAACUUCUAGUGCAGAUGCUGAAAUACGAGAUAACAUUAGCAAGUGCUCAGUUAUUACAGAUAAAAAGAAGCCGAAAACUGUUUCAAAACACAUAACAAGUUCUGUUAAAAUGUAUGACUGCUUAGGGUCGGUACAAUUCAUUUCUCGUUGUUAUCGCACAAUGUGUUUUGUGUGCAACAAAGAAGUUGGUGGGAAAAAUGUAAUAAACCACCUGUUUUUCCCUCACUUGAAAUGUAAAGACUGUAAAACCAUAAUUAAAUCAUGCCAAGCUUACAGUCUGGUAAAGAGAUCGCUAAGGAAGGGAAAGACAAGGACCUGCUGCAGUGUAUCUGGACACCAUAAUUUCGAUAGAUGGAAUGUCAGUCCAGUUGACUUUCUGACUUACAAAAUUAGGAAGUUCAUCGCAUUCAGGGAAGACAGAGGCUAUAACAAUCAGCCGACAGAACAGGAAGUUAUAGACGAGAUGGAAAAGUACAUCAAGAAGCUAUUAAUGCUACAGUUUUUGAAGCCCUGGAAAUCUGCAAUCAGGAGUUGCAACAAAUACAUAAUGACCAUAAAGCAAACAAAUUCUGAUACCGUCAAACAAGCUAAGAAGAGAGAAAGGGCCGAAGAUCCGGAAAAAGAAAAUGGAAAGGCCAAAAAAGCAAGGAAAAGCAAUAACAAAAAUGUCCGCAAACCAAUUCUCAAGACUCUUUCAGAAACUAGUAAUACCAUUUCCAGUCCUCAUGAAUCCUGCAGCCAAAUUGCAGAGUCCACAAGCUUCGAUAAAACCACUAACAGAUCAGAGGGAACGAUAGCAAUACAAGAACAGGAGAAGAAAAGAACUACAAGGGAAAGGACAGUGCAUAAAGUGCCUAGCAUUGUGACGAAAGUCAUACAGGAACCGUCACAAGCUAAGCGAAGCGGAGAACCUCAACCCAUGGAAUCGGAAUCGAGUCUAGAUGCACCCUUACUCGAGCUUAAUGACGAUUUCCUCCUGGAUUCCUGCAACAUGGACUUGCUUGAUCAAAUGACUACCUACGUAUCAAUAUCAGAUGGGCCAUAAACCUACGUAUCAAUAUCAGAUGGGCCAUAAACCGG